AUGGAAUUUACUAUAGACCGGUACCUUCGCACUGUGGACUUUUCAAGCUCGCGCGAUUUGUCCGAUCCUUCUCUGAUCACGGUCGAACCUCUACCCGAUUUUGUGCCAACUUUUGACGAAGGGGCCUUCUGGGAAGACGGUCGGAAGCUCUAUGUUGUGGCUGGUCUGCAGGGAUGCUGGUAUCACCUCACAGACCAGGGAACGUUCGUGGACUCGGACUGGAGCCUUGCCGAACUGUCGGGCCAAAGCAUAUACUAUUAUGAUGUUGGGUCGGGCCAAUGGUCGGUGGACACUGCGCUGCAGAACAAUUCGCAGACGGGUCUUCCGAUAGAAUCGCCAUUUUCCUGGAACUAUUACGGGUGGAACUCACGUCGUGCAAUAGGUUACGUCCACAACGGCAUCAGGGCCGCCGGACACAAGCGCCUCAACCCUAACACCGACGUAUACAUUCUCGACCCGGGAGUUUACCAAAUUGGGGAAAAGUUCAUCGCGUCCUUCGACACCACUGACUGGACUUGGACCAACAAGACUAUCUCGUCGGACCUUGUGGAGGAGUGGAGUGAACGUGGCAACUUGGUGUUUCUCCCGGGGACCGAGUCAGACACGGGUGGACUGGCCGUCGCCCUUGGAGGUGACACAAGACCUAGCACCCAAUAUUUGAGCUUGAGACGAAUUCUCAUGUACGAUUCCGGGGCAGACGAGUGGUUUGAGCAAGACACCACGGCCGAAGGGGGAACGUAUCCCGCGCCACGAGGCUCCUUCUGUUCUGUCGCCCUGAGCGCGGCGGAUGGCAGCAGCCACAAUAUCUACAUAUAUGGUGGACUGCAAGCCAGCAGCGACGACGCGCUCGGUGAUAUCUGGAUCCUCACGCUGCCGGCCUUCCAUUGGAUCCCUGUCAGCGCAAGCUCGGUCCCGCGGUCUGCCCCGGCCUGUGGCGUGGUGGCGGAUAGGUAUCUGGUCACAUAUGGCGGCAUGCUUGAGUCGAUCAAAUGGCCGAUCCCGUCGCGAUACGAAUGGCCAUGCGAUCAAGAGCAAUCUGGUCUGAGAUUGUUCGACAUGACACACCUAAAUUGGACAUCGACUUAUGAAGCCCCGCCUCAGGUGUCUUCUGGGACGUCGAAUUUAUAUGCCAUCCCCAGCCAAGUGUACGGCAUCAUCGGCGGACAUGCAAGCGGCGGUGCGACAGCCACGACACCCAGUGGCGGGUUUGGGACGAACACCGCACUAGCCUCGAUCUUUGCCAACGCCGUCAAAGUUUCGAGCACUCCUUCCAGUAGCAUCAGCACAUCUUCGGGUGUUACUCGCACAGGUUCGGUGACAGCUUCGGCCACCACCAGUGCCGCCACAACAGCCGAGUCAUCACAUUCGAGCCGUUCCCAUGCCGGAGCGAUCGCCGGUGGCGUGGUGGGUGGUGUCGCCGGCCUUGUGAUUAUCCUUGUCACCGGAUUCUGGUUCCUCCGGCGAAGAAGAAGGAAGAGGGCCAUCCCUGCAGCCCCUAAGGCGAACAAGGACCCCGGUCCACAUGAGACGGACGGGAUCAGCUUGCGCAAGGUCGACAGCAGUACGGGGAAAUACGAGGCUGAUGGAAACGCGAUGCACGAGGUUGAUGGGACUGAGAGGCAAGAAGCUGAUGGAAACGAACGGUACGAGGCUGAUGGGACGGAGACGACGGCAAGAGCGACGGGUCUGAGAGGGACUCAUGAGCUCGAGGCGCCUUUGAGAUGA